GUUGGGGAUUUGAGUGACAAAGGAAGAGAGUGUGACAUUCCCGCGCAAGAAGAAGAAGGAGAGUGGCAAUGGCUUCUCCUUCAACUUGUCAAACUCAAAGGGUUGACGAGAAGAAGGAACCCAAAAGCAGCAAUUCAUCGAAAUCUUGUUUUCAGCCAACAGUCAGUUUGAAAGAUUGGUGGCUUAUUAGGGCUGAAAGAGAUUCUCAAGGUAGAACCCUUGCCGUUGCUGGGCGCACUUCUCGAGAGGGUCAAGCUCUGCGAGGAUUCACUUCUGCACCAAUUCAUAAGAUAUAUGAUGUUUUUAAUCUAGAGACCAUUGAUGGGAUGUGUGUUGUCCUCAAAGGCUUCAUAAAUAGAAGUCGUUCAGAGGAAAAUGGUUUUCCAUCUGAGGUGAUUGAACAGUUUCUUUUUGGUUUUCCUCCUCAAUGGGAGACGUUCAAUGAGAAAUUCUUAGGAAGAGAUUCUAAAGGUAAGGCUUCUGCAAGCGAUGCCCUUGGUUUUGAAAAACCAUCCGGGUGCUCAGAAAAGGUUAAAGAUCUAAAGAACUUAGAUCAAAAUGAUUAUGUAGAGACUACCGGUGAAACAAUUCAGGAUCAUAAUGGGAGAAAAGAUUAUGAAGUAGAAGACAAUUUGAUGAGGGACAAUCAGAAUGAUGGAGAAGUUGCAAGUGAAGUUAUUGUACAAACUAAGACAAAAAGAGCAACCAGGUCAUCGGACAAGAUUAAUUUUACAAACACUUCUACAAGCAUUGCAGAGGAGCAAACAGUACUUGAUCAUCAUGUGAUAAAAGACUAUGAAGUAGAAGACAAUUUGAUGAGGGACAGUCAGAAUGAUGGUGAAAUUGCAAGUGAAGUUAUUGUGAAAAAGAAGACAAAAAGAGCAACAAGGUCAUCGGACAAGCUUAAUUCUACAAACACUUCUACAAGCAUUUCAAAGGAGCAAACAAUACUGGAUCAUAAUGGGAUAAAAGUUUAUGAAGUAGAAGACAAUUUGAUUAGGGACAGUCAGUAUGAUGGUGAAGUUGCAAGUGAAGUUAAUUUGCAAAAGAAGGAAAAAAGAGCAACGAGGUCAUCGGACAAGCUGAAUUCUACAAAAACUUCUACAAGCAUUGCAAAGGAGCAAAGAUUACUGCAUCAUAAUGUGAUAAAAGACUAUGAAGUAGAAGACAAUUUGAUGAGGGACAAUCAGAAUGAUGGAGAAGUUGCAAGUGAAGUUAUUGUGAAAAAGAAGACAAAAAGAGCAACAAGGUCAUCGGACAAGCUUAAUUCUACAAACACUUCUACAAGCAUUUCAAAGGAGCAAACAAUACUGGAUCAUAAUGGGAUAAAAGUUUAUGAAGUAGAAGACAAUUUGAUUAGGGACAGUCAGUAUGAUGGUGAAGUUGCAAGUGAAGUUAAUUUGCAAAAGAAGGAAAAAAGAGCAACGAGGUCAUCGGACAAGCUGAAUUCUACAAAAACUUCUACAAGCAUUGCAAAGGAGCAAAGAUUACUGCAUCAUAAUGUGAUAAAAGACUAUGAAGUAGAAGACAAUUUGAUUAGGGACAGUCAGUAUGAUGGUGAAGUUGCAAGUGAAGUUAAUUUGCAAAAGAAGGAAAAAAGAGCAACGAGGUCAUCGGACAAGCUGAAUUCUACAAAAACUUCUACAAGCAUUGCAAAGGAGCAAAGAUUACUGCAUCAUAAUGUGAUAAAAGACUAUGAAGUAGAAGACAAUUUGAUUAGGGACAGUCAGUAUGAUGGUGAAGUUGCAAGUGAAGUUAAUUUGCAAAAGAAGGAAAAAAGAGCAACGAGGUCAUCGGACAAGCUGAAUUCUACAAAAACUUCUACAAGCAUUGCAAAGGAGCAAAGAUUACUGCAUCAUAAUGUGAUAAAAGACUAUGAAGUAGAAGACAAUUUGAUUAGGGACAGUCAGUAUGAUGGUGAAGUUGCAAGUGAAGUUAAUUUGCAAAAGAAGGAAAAAAGAGCAACGAGGUCAUCGGACAAGCUGAAUUCUACAAAAACUUCUACAAGCAUUGCAAAGGAGCAAAGAUUACUGCAUCAUAAUGUGAUAAAAGACUAUGAAGUAGAAGACAAUUUGAUUAGGGACAGUCAGUAUGAUGGUGAAGUUGCAAGUGAAGUUAAUUUGCAAAAGAAGGAAAAAAGAGCAACGAGGUCAUCGGACAAGCUGAAUUCUACAAAAACUUCUACAAGCAUUGCAAAGGAGCAAAGAUUACUGCAUCAUAAUGUGAUAAAAGACUAUGAAGUAGAAGACAAUUUGAUUAGGGACAGUCAGUAUGAUGGUGAAGUUGCAAGUGAAGUUAAUUUGCAAAAGAAGGAAAAAAGAGCAACGAGGUCAUCGGACAAGCUGAAUUCUACAAAAACUUCUACAAGCAUUGCAAAGGAGCAAAGAUUACUGCAUCAUAAUGUGAUAAAAGACUAUGAAGUAGAAGACAAUUUGAUUAGGGACAGUCAGUAUGAUGGUGAAGUUGCAAGUGAAGUUAAUUUGCAAAAGAAGGAAAAAAGAGCAACGAGGUCAUCGGACAAGCUGAAUUCUACAAAAACUUCUACAAGCAUUGCAAAGGAGCAAAGAUUACUGCAUCAUAAUGUGAUAAAAGACUAUGAAGUAGAAGACAAUUUGAUUAGGGACAGUCAGUAUGAUGGUGAAGUUGCAAGUGAAGUUAAUUUGCAAAAGAAGGAAAAAAGAGCAACGAGGUCAUCGGACAAGCUGAAUUCUACAAAAACUUCUACAAGCAUUGCAAAGGAGCAAAGAUUACUGCAUCAUAAUGUGAUAAAAGACUAUGAAGUAGAAGACAAUUUGAUUAGGGACAGUCAGUAUGAUGGUGAAGUUGCAAGUGAAGUUAAUUUGCAAAAGAAGGAAAAAAGAGCAACGAGGUCAUCGGACAAGCUGAAUUCUACAAAAACUUCUACAAGCAUUGCAAAGGAGCAAAGAUUACUGCAUCAUAAUGUGAUAAAAGACUAUGAAGUAGAAGACAAUUUGAUUAGGGACAGUCAGUAUGAUGGUGAAGUUGCAAGUGAAGUUAAUUUGCAAAAGAAGGAAAAAAGAGCAACGAGGUCAUCGGACAAGCUGAAUUCUACAAAAACUUCUACAAGCAUUGCAAAGGAGCAAAGAUUACUGCAUCAUAAUGUGAUAAAAGACUAUGAAGUAGAAGACAAUUUGAUGAGGGACAGUCAGAAUGAUGGUGAAAUUGCAAGUGAAGUUAUUGUGAAAAAGAAGACAAAAAGAGCAACAAGGUCAUCGGACAAGCUUAAUUCUACAAACACUUCUACAAGCAUUUCAAAGGAGCAAACAAUACUGGAUCAUAAUGGGAUAAAAGUUUAUGAAGUAGAAGACGAUUUGAUUAGUGACAGUCAGUAUGAUGGUGAAGCUGCAAGUGAAGUUAUUUUGCAAAAGAAGGAAAAAAGAGCAACGAGGUCAUCGGACAAGCUGAAUUCUAAAAAAACUUCUACAAGCAUUGGAAAGGAGCAAAGAAUACAGGAUCAUAAUGGGAGAAAAGAUCAUAAUGGGAGAAAAGACUAUGAAGUAGAAGACAAUUUGAUGAGGGACAAUCAGAAUGAUGGAGAACUUGCAAGUGAAGUUAUUGUACAAAAGAACACAAAAAGUGCAACGAGGUCUGCGGACAAGCUUAAUUCUACAAACACUUCUACAAGCAUUGCGAAGGAGCAAACAAUACUGGAUCGUAAUGGGAGAAACGACUGUGAAGUGGAAGACAAUUUGAUGAGGGACAAUCAGAAUGAUGGAAAAGUUGCAAGUGAAGUUAUUGUACAAAAGAAGACAAAAACAGCAAUGAGGUCACUGGACAUGCUUAAUUCUACAAACAGUUCUUCAAGCAUUGCAAAGGAGCAAACUGCAGAUGUUAAUCGAACAACUCACUUUAAAAGUUCAAGAACGGAAAAUGCAAAAAGAAAAUUGUCAUAUGGAAGUCCUCAGCAAGGGAAAGAGGCAGUUCGAAUUGUCUCUCCUGAACCUUUGAGUUUUAACAGAUCUAGAUCAGGGAGAGUGCUACUUCCUCCGAUGGCAUUUUGGCGCAAUCAAAGAGCAAUUUAUGAUGCGGAUCAGAGUGUUACAGAAGUUAAACAAGGCGACCCGAAUCUGGAUUAUCUAUCUAGAGUGUGUAGAUCUGAACCAUCAAAAAAGAGACGGCAACGCAGAUGAAAGUUAAAGCUCCUAUCGUCUAGUGGAAAUGUAAAGGAACUUGAAGGGGAGGCAUAAGCAACAGUGGCACAUUUGUACAAAAAUGUGUAAAGGCUCUACAGUUUACUAAUGCCAUUUUUGGAUGCAUGUUUUCUUGACAGAUAUUUCUUUUUGUUUCUUAGAACAGCUUGCAAGCUAUGAUGUUUAACUCAUUUAUGCAGCUAGUUAUGUUAAUAUAUAGGUUCACUUGGACUGUAUCUUGGUAUAUCUGAAAGCAAAAAACUUUUCAAAACACAUCAUGGUGUAUUGUGUAUCAGAAAUAGUUUCUCCGUCUUCACAAA